UAAUCAACUAUUUGUGUUGUGGAUUUGAAAAGCUCAUUGGCUUCAUCUUUUCAGACCAUGCUGCAGUCCAGGAAGGCCGGUCUGUCCCACACGUUGGCCAUGAGGAGCUCCCUCAAAGACAAAGAGCUGAAGGGCCACGUGUACAAGAAGACACUUCAGGCUCUCAUCUACCCCAUCUCCUGCACCACUCCGCACAACUUUGAGGUGUGGACCGCCACCGCGCCCACCUACUGCUAUGAGUGCGAGGGGCUGCUGUGGGGUAUCGCCCGGCAAGGCAUGCGCUGCGCCGAGUGUGGCGUCAAAGUUCACGAGAAGUGCCAGGAGCUGCUCAACGCCGACUGCCUGCAGCGAGCCGCCGAGAAGAGCUCCAAGACUGGAGCGGAGGACCGGACUCAACACAUCAUCAUGGCCAUGAAGGAUCGGAUGAAAAUUCGCGAGAGGAACAAGCCGGAGAUCUUUGAGGAGAUUCGCCGAGUGUUCGACAUUUCCAGGACGCUCCACAACCAGCACAUGAAGACCAUCAAGCAAAAUAUCCUGGACGGGACCUCCAAGUGGUCAGCCAAGAUCACCAUCAACGUUGUGAGUGCGCAGGGGCUCCAGGCCAAGGACCGGACCGGAUCCAGUGACCCAUACGUCACCAUUCAAGUGGGCAAGACCAAGAAGAGGACCAAGACCAUCUACGGCAACUUGAACCCGGUCUGGGAGGAGAAAUUCACCUUCCAGUGCCACAACUCGUCGGACCGCGUGAAAGUGCGCGUGUGGGACGAGGACGACGACAUCAAGUCGCGGGUGAAGCAGCGGCUGAAGAGGGAGUCGGACGACUUUCUGGGCCAGAGCAUCAUCGAGGUCCGAACGCUCAGCGGCGAAAUGGACGUCUGGUACAACCUGGAAAAGCGAACCGACAAGUCAGCGGUGUCGGGUGCCAUUCGCCUCCAGAUCAGCGUGGAGAUUGAAGGCGAGGAAAAGGUGGCGCCGUACCACGUGCAGUACACCUGUCUCCACGAGAACAUUUUCCACUCGGUGACGGACGUGGAGGGCACCGGCACGGUCAAGUUCCCGGUGGCGCAGGGAGACGACGCCUGGAAGGUUUACUUUGAUGAAUUGCAGCAGGACUUGGUGGAUGAGUUUGCCAUGAGAUACGGCGUCGAGCCCAUCUACCAGGCCAUGACCCACUUCUCGUGCUUGUCGACCAAGUACAUGGUGUCGGGCGUGCCGGCCGUGAUGAGCACGCUGCUGGCCAACAUCAACGCCUUCUACGCGCACCCCAGCGCCACCACCCCCAACGCCUCCGCACCCGCCAGCUUUGCCGCCUCCAAUUUCGGACGGGAUCGUUUUGUCAAGCUUUUGGAUCAGCUCCACAAUUCCUUGAGGAUUGACCUCUCCAUGUACCGAAAUAAUUUUCCGGCAAGCUGCAAGCCCCGCCUCCAGGAUCUCAAGUCCACGGUGGACCUCCUCACCAGCAUCACCUUCUUCAGGAUGAAGGUUCUGGAGCUGCCGAGCCCCCCCAGGGCGUCGUCGGUGGUCCGCGAUUGUGUCAAGGCCUGCCUCAACUCCACCUAUGAGUACAUCUUCAACAACUGCUUGGAGCUCUUCAACCGCCAGUUCCAGACCGCCGCUCCCACCACUGAGCCAGAAAAGAAGAAGAAGAAGAAGAAGAGGGAAAAAGUAGAGGGUCAGGAGAAGGAGGAAGAAGAAGAAGAAAAGGAGGAGGAGGAGGAGGGUGAAGAAGAAGAAGAAGAGGAGGAGGAGGAAGAGAAAAAAGAGGAGAGCCAGGCACCAGAGGAGCAAGGCCCGAGCAUUCAGAAUCUGGACUUCUGGCCCAAACUCAUCACGCUUAUUGUGUCCAUCAUCGAGGAGGACAAGAAUUCUUACACGCCCAUCAUCAAUCAGUUUCCUCAGGAGCUGAACGUGGGGAAAGUCAGCGCUGAGGUGAUGUGGACACUGUUCACGCACGAUGUCAAGUACGCUCUGGAGGAGCACAAUCAUCAUCGUCUGUGCAAGCUUUCAGACUACAUGAACCUUCACUUCAAGGUCAAGUGGCUCUACAACGAGUACGUGUCAGAUCUUCCCGCCUAUGCCGACGCCAUUCCCGAGUACCCUUCGUGGUUCCUGCCUUUCGUUCUGGCUUGGCUGGCUGAGAAUGAGGAUGUUUCCAUGGACUUUAUGCAUGGAGCACUGGAGAGGGACAAGAGGGAAGGAUUCCAGUCGACGUCGGAGCACGCGUUGUUCUCCUGCUCGGUGGUGGACAUUUUCACGCAGCUCAACCAAAGCUUUGGGAUCAUCCGCAAGCUGGAGUGCCCCGACCCCAGCGUGCUGGCUCACUACAACAAACGAUUUGCCAAGACCAUCAGCUGUGUGCUGCUGCAGUACUGCGCCCUGCUGGCCAAAAACUUUCCAUCCUACUGCGGCAAGGAAAAGAUCCCCUGCGUGCUGAUGAACAACAUCCAGCAGAUGCGAGUCCUUCUGGAGCGGACGUUCGAGUCCAUGGGAGCAAAGCAGUUGGAGAAAGAGGAAGAGGAGGAGUUUAAUGAUGAGCCCAACAGUGACAUGGAAGGCGCUGAUAAUGACGGGUCGGCCUGCUCGGACUCGGAAGGCUCGGAGGCUGAGAAGAAAGACAAAGAGAAGCAGUUGGACACGGAGGCUGCUGACAUCCUGAACGAGCUGCAACUGCACCUCAACGGCGUACUUGACAACUUCAGCGGCGUCUUUGCCACGAGUUUGCAGGCGCGCAUCAGCGCGUGCAUGCGGCAGAUGUCGGAGCUGCUGUGCCAGAUGAAGGGCCCCCCGAACCCCGACACGGCCGAGGGUGACGCCGACGCCAUGUUGAGGCCGCUCAUGGACUUCCUGGACGCCAACCUGAGCGUGUUUGCGGACGUGUGCGAGAAGGCGGUCCUCAAGAAGAUCCUGAAGGACUUGUGGAAGGCCGUCCUGAGCGCUCUGGAGAAGAACAUUGUGUUGCCACAGAGCAACGAUAGUCUGGGUGCGCAGAUCUUCACUGCUGCCAAAGGACUCUCCAACCUCAAGGGCGGCGGUGAGGCUAAAACGCUGACUCCCAAGCAGUGCGCCGUGGUGGACGCGAGCCUGGAGAGCCUCAAGCAAUAUUUCCACGCUGGCGGAAAUGGCCUGAAGAAAUCUUUUGUGGAGACAAGUCCCGAGUUGUCGUCCCUGCGUCAAGCUUUGUCGCUUUACUCGCAGAGCACGGACGCCCUCAUCAGGACUUUCGUCACCACGCAGCGGGAACAAGUGCACAACGGCACGGGCAUCCGAAUCACAGCCAAUGAAAAGGUUCGACCUGAUCGAGGCUCAGGAGUGGAGAACCCAAUCGGCGAAGUGGUGCUGCAGGUGGACCUGCUUGCCAAGGAACGCAAAGUCGGCGUCAAAGUGAUCGGCGUCAACGACCUGCGCUGGCGGACGUCCGGAAUGUUCCGCCCCUUCGUGGAAGUUUCUCUGCUGGGGCCGGCGCUGGCUGACAAGAAGCGCAAGUUCACCACCAAGUCCAAGAACAACUGCUGGAGCGCAAAGUUCAACGAGAGCUUCCAAUUCACGUUGGGCAAAGAGGGAGUCGAGUGCUACGAGUUGCAGGCCUCGGUCAAGGACUACUGCUUUGGGCGGGCCGAUCGCGUGGUGGGCGUGUCCGUGCUGCAACUGCGCGACCUGGCCGGGCGCCGCGCCUGCGUCUGCUGGUGCCCCCUGGGUCCUGCCGUCCACGCCGACCAGACCGGCACCACUGUGCUGCGCAUCCUGGCCCAGCGGCCCAAUGACGACGUGGCCAAGGAGUUCGUCAGGAUCAAGUCGGAGUCGCGGCCCCCCGAGGAGGGCAGUUGAACGGGGAACCGGAUGCCUUCCCAAUGUGGUCUGCCAAAGGCCCGAAACGAGGACUGGUCUAGAAGUCUGGAGAACUAUUGUGUGUUGGGACUGCAGCAAUUACUUUCGGCAAGUCCAGGAACUGCAAUUACCAAAAACUAAAAAGCUCCUGUAACUUGAGGUGGGCUGGAACAUUCAAUACCGUCAUGUCCGCAUUCAGGCCGAGCAAAUUUAUUACAUUCUUACAAAAUGCAAAUUCUGUUGUUUACAAACAUUUUGAUUUCUGUUGUCAGAAAAAGCUAAACGCUAGCUUAUUAGCUUCAAUCUGUGCUCUUACGUCUCGUACCUUCAAGGGCGAGCGUUUUGCUGCCAUUUUGUCGGUGGAAAAUAACGCAGUAACGCACGAGCGCUUUGAAAUGUCAUUUGAUGACAAAGAAAGGAUGAGUUUCCGUUCAUUGCAAAAAAGAAAGAAAAAAACAACGUCCGUCCCGAUGAGUUGGCGGCUAGUUGGCGUACCUUUCUUCACUCGGUGUCCUUAAACGUGGUGCUUGACGACAAUACAAAAGGCGGGGCAGCAAAUUGUUGUUCGUGUCACGUUAUGUACGGACACGAAGCGACAUCCCGGUUUUCUUGCUCCCUUGAAUUCAAACUGCGACGACCGCUGCCAAAACAAGGGCAAAAAUUCAACUCUGACUUUUCAAAGUGUAUCGGUGCACGUUUUGAGUUGGAUUUCAACCCGUGACGUCAGUUAGGCCAACUUUCCGUGUGUGUUUACAAUGUGCCAAGUAAUCCAAGAGCUCGCCUUGGAUACACGUCUGUACAUACGAAGGGAAAGAAAAAGCAUGUACAAACCUGUAAGCCCUUAUGCCAUGUAUUUAAUGUGAAUUAUGUAUGUGGGCUGCAUGGCUCAGUGGUAGAGUGGUUGUCUCACAAUUCAAAGGUUGUGGCUUUGAUCCCCAACGUUGGCGACCUUGUCAAAGUGUCCUUGAGCAAGACACCUAACCCCUAAUUUGCUCCUGGCAAUGCCUUGUGUGGCAGCAGCCUCCCAUUGGUGUGUGUGUUAACGGGUGAAUCGAUUGUAAAAUGCGUGUAGAUGAAGUGCAGUCCAUUCAUCAUUUACCAUGUACAAAGACUGAGCAACAUGUAAUCAGGCCAUUUGACAAAUUGCGUGACAGUGGACUAAUGUUUUGUACAUAAAAUAUUUAUGAAUGAA